AGAUAAGAAGAUGCUCUACGAGGGAGAGAAGACUGAGAGGAGGAAUCUAGAGAUAAGAGAAGUGGAGAGAGAGAGAAAAAAAGGGAGAAGAGAAAAGACGCUCGGCCAGGCUCGCGUGUCACCGGCGGGGCAUUGUGGGAAUAUCGACGUUUUGCUUCUGCUAUCAGCUGAUUUGAGAGAGCGUUGUUUACCUGCCGAGGACCACCAAGACAAAUAGUACAUUCUGCAUGACUACGAGAAAAGAUGGGGGGAAGUCACAGACGAGGUGUAAGAAUCCUCCUGUUAGGGGAUCAAGGUGUAGGCAAGACCUCACUUAUUCUCUCCCUCGUCUCUGAAGAAUUCCCUGAGCAGGUUCCUCCCCGAGCGGAAGAGAUAACAAUCCCUCCAGACGUGACACCAGAGAAAGUCCCAACACACAUUGUUGAUUACUCAGAGCGUGAGCAGAGUGUAGACCAGCUGAGGGCGGAGGUGAAUCGUUCGGACGUGAUCUGUGUGGUGUACAGCGUGGAGGAUGAAGACACGCUGGAUCGGGUCACGGGUCACUGGCUGCCCCUCAUCAGAUCCACCUUGGGCCAGCACCACCACACACCCAUCAUCCUGGUGGGAAACAAGGUGGACUUAGUGGAUUACUCAACCAUGGAGAUUGUCUUGCAAACCAUGAUGGAGUACCCGGAGAUUGAGACGUGUGUUGAGUGCUCCGCCAGAACCCUCAAGAACAUAUCCGAGAUGUUUUACUAUGCGCAGAAAGCUGUCCUUCAUCCCACCGCUCCCUUGUAUGUCCUGGAGGAGAGGGACCUCACAGAGAAGUGCAAGAAAGCUUUGAUCAGGAUAUUCAAAAUUUGUGACUUAGACAAUGACGGGCUCCUCAAUGACCAGGAGCUGAAUGCCUUCCAGCGGCGGUGUUUCAAUGCACCGCUCAACCCUCAGGCACUGGAGGAACUGAAGACUGUAGUGAGGAGGAACGUCUCUGAUGGUGUCCAUGAUGAUUGUCUAACUUUACGGGGCUUCCUCUUCCUUCACCGUCUCUUCAUUCAGCGUGGACGCCAUGAGACCACCUGGACCGUGCUCAGAAAGUUUGGCUACAACGACAAUCUCCAGCUUUCUAAGGACUACCUCUUUCCCUCGUUGCGAGUGCCACCAGGCUGCAGCACAGAGCUCAAUCAUGCUGGCUACUCCUUCCUUAUGAGUCUCUUUGAAAAGUACGACCGGGACAAAGACAAUGCCCUGAGCCCCCAGGAAUUGAUUGAUCUCUUCUCCACGUGCCCAGUCAUGCCAUGGGGCCCAGAUGUGUUCAACUCAGUACAUACGAAUGAGAAGGGGUGGAUUACAUUACAAGGCUUCUUAGCACAGUGGACCUUAUGGACACUAUUAGACAUUCAAAGGACAUUAGAGUAUUUUGCAUACCUUGGCUACUGUGGAACUGGAGACGACAGUCAACUCUCAGCCAUAACAGUAACACGUGAGAAACGGAUUGACCUCCAGAAGAAACAGACAAUGAGGAAUGUGUACCAGUGCCAUGUUAUUGGACCACAGGAUGCUGGCAAGACCACAUUCUGUCAGGGUCUCCUUGGCAGGCCAUUAGAGGAAGCUCAAGAGAUUCCUAAUGACAAACUGUCACGGCACACCAUAAGUACACUUCAGGUUUAUGGUCAAGAAAAAUAUCUAGUUCUGCAUGAUAUAGAUGUCCACAAUAUCACUGAUGCCCUGAUGCCCAGUGAAGUCCAGUGUGAUGUAGCCUGCCUAGUGUAUGAUGUCUCAAACCCUAAGUCUUUUGAAUAUGUGGCAAGAAUAUAUCUGAAAUAUUUCAGUGAGACUUCCAUACCAGUGUUAUUUGUAGCCAACAAGGGAGACAUGUCUGCUGCACGUCAAGAUUACAUCCUGCAGCCAACUUCCUUCUGUCACAAGCACAAAAUUCCACCUCCACAUCCAUUCUCCUCUGUGUCUCAGCCCAAGAGAGAUAUAUACACCAAGCUGGCAACAAUGGCAGCUUACCCUCGGUUUCAAGCUGCUUGGAUGCUCUUUUACCGAAGCAGCACCCUUCGUCGAUUAGUGCACGUGUUGCUGUUGCGGCCAGACCCUUCUUACAUGGCAAGGCAUCUGAAGCAGCUGGGUGUAGUGGUGGGGGAACACAGCACCUGGCUCAAGGUGGGCCUGGGUGUGGCAGCCAUCGCCGCCUUCGCAGUGCUCCUGGCCAGAGCUCUCCGUUCAGUUGACAGAUAGUUUUCUCUUCUAGUUGGCUGGGUCUCAAGACUUGCUACUGGAACCCAGUGGAAUACAGUGGCUCAUAUAAAUAGAAAUUCUUGAGCUUGUUAGUGUGCAGAUAUGCUGCCAGCAUACUGAAUAUACUCUAUUUAUUGCUAUAGCAUCUUUUGUAUAAAGGAAUCAUUACUGUUAAUAAGUAAAAUGAAGCAAAGUAUUUUUUUAGGUAAUUGUUAUCUAUAAUGAAAGUGCAUGUAUUUUAUAUUAGGCAUCAUUACCUAUAUUUGUGGUCAAUUUUAUUUAUGAAUACUGAACAUAGCAGAUUAAUAGUGUAAAUAUCCUUGGUUGCUUUCAAUAUUCUUCUAAUUUCCUUGAUAUAACAUUUUGCCAUGUUCAUUGUGGUUGCCACUUAUCUUAGUUCAUAAUCUUAUCCUUUUGUGAAAUUCUAAUAUGACUUUUGUCAGUAGAAAUCAGCAAAAUCCCAAAUUAAUUUCAUAAUUGCCAUUUAUAUUUUGCAGCAUAAUCAGACUGAUUUCUUUACAUGUAUAUAUCUUAUUUAUCUGUCCACACAUCCAUUUAUCUUUCAUUCUGAUUAUUUAUCCAUCUGCUGAGAUAGUCUGUGUUUCUUAGGACUCCUUUGAGGGUAAUGGGCUUUGUCAGAUGUCUCCUGUGCAAUCUGGACACAAUUUUUGGAUUGACAUUGUCUCUUCUUCAUCUGCCUCAGUCAUUUUAUUCUGAAUUUGUGUUUCUUCACAUUUUGAUUCUUAUACAUGAAAUGUAGCAAGGAAAAUAUUCAUCCAAUCACUGCUGAUUUACUGAAAUUUGGUGCUUCUUAAUUAAUCAUGAUGUAUGUGAGUCAGUGAGUUUUCUAAAUUCAUGUGUAGCUGUUCACAUGUUACUUUUAUUGAUAGGUGAGAUGCAUCAUUAUUUAGUAACAUCAGCUCUGUCUGCCAGUUUUGUAAUUUAUAAAUAUAUAGAAAAUUAUUAUUCCAUAAAGAAAUAACUUACAUCUAUUAUUUUGUCAGUUCACUACACAAGUAUCAAAGAAAUGUGCAGCUUUUUCUAUGACUCAGCCUUCCAUGAGAAGUGACCACAUGUAACACUGAGACUGGUACUGGUGGCUCAACUCAUACAAGUCCUCUUUAUGUUAACCAAAAUCAUUUGUAAAUUUGGAGUCUUUUCUUUAAUUAAAUAUUAUGGAAGAAAAGACAUACUUGUUUAACUUGGUAUUUUAUGACAUUUAUUGACCAUGCUCUUGCUGCAUCAGGUAGGGUGACUUGUAUGUACAUUAAGAGUGUCACAAAGGAAUACUCUUACGAAUUUUGUUAAUAAGUGCAGCAAUAUUCCAUUAAACUUUAUGUCAAGAAAAAUGUACUUAUUUCAUAGUUGUGUGCUGUAUGGAAAAAUAUGGCUUGAGAGGAAUUGUUGUUGGGAUGCAGUUUGUAUUCUCAAAUUCAGGCGGGAAAUCUUGUAAUCAGCUCAUUGUACAUAUGAUCUCCAAGCAUCAUAUUACAAUCAUAGAAUUAAUUAUGCCAUUUGAA